UUUGACAGUAGAGGGCUCUGCGCUCAGGUACAGCAGCGCAUCACACACGGACAGAAGGAGAGAGAGACAGGGAGCAGCAGAGGGAGAGAUAUUUAUAGCCUAAAGCGAGGCUGCAGCACAGAGAUAAGGCUUGGGACCGAGCCGGGGGCAGGAGGACAGACAGGGCUUAGGGAAAAGAGGACACGCCAAAAUGAAGCUGUUCACUUCGGUAGUUUUAUUCGGGGCCGCAGUGGUGGCCCUGGUCAGCGCAGCCGGGACGGAGGGCGAGAUCUCCUUCGAGUACCACCGCUAUGAGGAGCUGCGGAAGGCGCUGGUGUCGGUGUGGCUGCAGUGCCCGACCAUCACCCGCAUCUACACCAUCGGGGAGAGCUUCGAGGGCCGGGAGCUGCUGGUGCUGGAGAUGUCCGACAACCCCGGGACGCACGAGCCUGGUGAGCCUGAGUUUAAAUACAUCGCCAACAUGCAUGGCAACGAGGCCGUGGGCAGAGAGCUGCUCAUCUACCUGGCUCAGUACCUGUGCAACCAGUACCAGCAAGGCAACGAGACCAUCAUCGACCUCAUCCAUAACACUCGCAUCCACUUCAUGCCGUCCAUGAACCCAGAUGGCUUCGAGAAGGCUGCUUCACAGCCUGGUGAGAUCAAGGACUGGUUUGUUGGCCGCAGUAACGCACAGGGUGUGGAUCUGAACCGUAACUUCCCAGAUCUGGACCGCAUCAUCUACAUCAACGAGCGGGAGGGUGGAGCCAACAACCACCUGCUGCAGAAUAUGAAGAAGGCUGUGGAUGAAAACACCAAGCUGGCUCCAGAGACAAAGGCAGUGAUCCACUGGAUCAUGGAUAUCCCCUUCGUUCUCUCAGCUAACCUGCAUGGAGGAGAUGUGGUGGCUAACUACCCAUAUGAUGAGACCCGCACUGGCUCCACCCACGAGUACAGUGCCAGUCCUGAUGAUGUGAUGUUCAAGUCUCUGGCAAGGGCCUACUCCGUGUACAACCCAGUCAUGUCCGACCCUAACCGACCCCCCUGCCGUAAGAACGAUGAUGACUCCAGCUUCAAAGAUGGCAUCACUAACGGAGGGGCCUGGUACAGUGUGCCAGGAGGAAUGCAGGAUUUCAACUACCUCAGCAGCAACUGUUUUGAGAUCACUCUGGAGCUCAGCUGUGACAAGUUCCCCAAUGAGGACACACUUAAGACCUACUGGGAGCAGAACCGCAACUCACUGGUCAACUACAUCGAGCAGGUUCACCGUGGCGUAAAGGGCUUCGUGCGUGACCUUCAGGGCAACCCCAUUUCCAACGCCACCAUCUCUGUGGAGGGCAUUGACCACGACAUCACCACAGCCAAAGAUGGAGACUACUGGCGCCUCCUGGCUCCAGGAAACUACAAAGUGGCAGCCUCUGCCCCAGGAUACCUGACUGUCAUCAAGAAGGUGGCUGUUCCCUACAGCCCUGCAACCAGGGUGGACUUUGAGCUGGAGUCUCUGAUGGAGAGGAAGGAGGAGGAGCGGGAGGAGCUGAUGGACUGGUGGAAGAUGAUGUCAGAGACACUGAACUUCUAAAGCGUUUGUCUGGCUGGUGAUUGGACCGUCUGCACAUCGAUGUAAUAUAUUCAACAUUCUGUGUGCCCGUCCACUCUAAAAAAGAAUAUAUUGUCUCUUUAUUUGUUUCGUUCUCUUUCGAUCAUUAUUUUAAUUGAUUAUUACUGUUUAUUACUGUAAUGGUUUGCCUCAUGCUCC